AUGGGUCCCGAGGCCAGGAAGAAGAAGAAUCAAAAGAAGAAGCAGAAACAGAAGCAGAAGAAAGCAUCCACCCAGCAUGAAGAAAACCCUCCAGUGAUAGAAGAGGAUCCUUCCCAAACUCCCAUUGCCGAACAGAGUAGUGCUGAUAUCAAAGGUGACGUUGAAACUGAAGAAUCGCAGUUGGAAGCCCGGAUUUCUGAAAUCGUUGAUCCAGCGGGUCAAGCUGAAGGGCCACAAAAACCACCCUCUGAAUCAGCCGAUACCGUUUUGGGCGAACAAGAAUUCGCAGGCAACGAUCUAGAGGCGUCUGAUGAGGAUAAUCUGAGUUCCUCGGCGCCUUCACCAAAUGAAAUCGUCGAACCGGUCGGUUCGGAAAAUAAUGCGCUACGAAACCCUCAAGCUGAAGAACCAGCAGAUACAGACAAUGACAUCACUUAUCCUGAGAAAGCAGCAACUGAAAACGCAGUAAUCGAUACAAUGCCUCAAAAGACAUCGGAGAAUGCCGAAAAUUCAUCACAAAGCUCGCUUACAGACCAACCAACACAAAAUCAGGGUGCGGAGCUUGACGAUGAAACUGGUCAAGAUCAGACGGAUGAAACGGGUGUGGUCGAAACAGACUUUGUGCAGGACUUAACCAUCCAUACGGCACCUACGCAAGAAGCGCAAUAUGGUCAAGAUAGUACUGAAGGAAUUAGAAGUGACGAUAAUAUCGAAACUCAUCAAGAGGACAACGGCGCAGCAGGACAGGAGGCAGGACCCGAUGAAAAGAAGCAGGAUGGGGAGAACACUUCAAGGUAUGACAUAGAACCAGUGCCUCUUUCAGACUCUGGAAAUGAUGCUGUCCCCGACCCAGCUUCACAAUUGAGCCAAAGAUCAGAUGUGCCAGAGAUUCAGUUCGACGUUUCCGAGAAAUCGCUGCGCGAUCAAUUUGAGACAGAACUUGGAACUCCUAGUACUGGGAACAUAAUUACAAAGCUCGGUGCCUCUAUGGACUCUGAUGGUUUUCAAACCACAGUCAAAGGCGACGUUGAAGUUGUUUCAGACUCCGAUGAUAAGGAGAGCCGAGGCCCAGGUUCUCUUCCUGCGCCGCCCUCUGUUCUUGAGCAGACUGAAGGUAAUUUGGACGCUGGGGAGAUUCAACCUAGUGCCGCUGAAUCGUCACACUCUCCGGUAUUCGAUUCGGAAGCCAAGGAGAAUUCGAAUCAAGAUGAGGACCUCGUUGACAGAACUUUCUCAACCGAUAGGACCCAUGACUCAAUUGAGCACACGAGCGAUCCAUAUUUCAAACCGAAUGUCGAUCACAGUACAUCUCCCAGCGAAGAUUUCCACGAGCAGGCCGAUUUGAUGAAUCCUCAGCACAGCAACUCCAGCACUUAUGUUAAUGAGAACAGCGAAGGUACUAGUGGUCCAGAGCAAGACGACAACGACAAAACUUCAUCGAAAGCGAAUUUCAGCACUUCGCCUGAGGAACAAGGAUCUGAAUCGCAUUCGGUGGGCGAAUCGUGUGCGAUUGAUGAUGACCUCAUUACCUCUGAUGGGCAUCCAUCUCCUGGUAGAGGACAUUCUGCUGUUGAGGGGAAUGAUUUAGAUCAGCAGAACCUCAAACACAGUGAUGAACUCUUUGCAAGCGAAGUAAAACAAGACAGUGCAGCAUUUCCAUGGGAAGAAGAGGGAGAUGAUUUCUUGAGCCACAUUGGUCAAAGUGAAUCGACGAAUUUGUCGGGUGCUGCCGAUGCUGCAGAGCCUACUCCCCUCGAUGAAACUCCCAAGUGGCUGUCUCAAGAACAAGAUAAAAGUGAGGACUUACUUCCAUGGGAAGGUGGUAAUGAGGAGGUUGAGGAUGUGUCCGUGAUCCGGAACUCUUUGAGCCCUGACAAUGCUCCCAAAAACUUUUCAUUUUUGGACAACGAUGAUGAUCUUUUGGAUGAUGAUGACAGCUUUCUAGAUUCUGAUGAAGAGCUCACAGUUAAUGCAACCACUCUUGAAAGUGACACACAGCAAUCUGCUGUCUCUACUGGUAAUUCUUAUUUACCUCAGUAUGGGAUUGAUAAGCAAUCUCCCAUAAACGAUUUGCCACCUGUACAAUCGAAAGUUGUUAGUGGCUCCCCCGCAGCUCAUAUUGUUACUGGCGCUAAGACAUCAACGAUGAGUGAGAAGAAAACCACAAAAUACGGGCCUUCGACAAAGAUCGAUGUGGCUCCUGUUUCUCAAAUACCUUCCAUCUCAGUUACUCCGCAAAUACAUCCAUCGGUAUCCUCGAUACGUCCGCCAUUACCCGAGUUCCAACCCGCUCAAAACAUCAACAAGAAGCUAGACGAAGAGAAAAAGAAGUCAGAUGCGUACGAUUUUCCUUUGGACCUUACUAGUCGCAAGCCUAAUAAGAUUAGACAGCCGAAGCCCUUUGGCUCUGUGACUUCUGUAGUAUCUUCGAGUACUUCUUCCAUUGCAUCUCCAAAAGUAUCAAGUGCUGUAUUGAACAGUGGAGCCUCCAACGUCGGUAUUGGGCCUUCUUUUCCAGUCAAUCAUAACGCAGCUAUACCAGGUAAAAAUCAGGGGCAAUCGGCGCCUCCAAUGCGUGCUGCGAUUCCAUCAGGGCCUUAUCCGCGCCCUGCAGAAGCGUCCAGAGUAAGCCCUGUUGAACAGCCUCAAAAGGGUCCAUACAUGCCGUUGAUGGCAAAUAACAGCGCUAGCGUCCCGCUACAGUCAUCUUCAAGCAGGUAUGCACCUUCAUCAGCAAAUGCUGAACCUCCUAAGCGAGCAAACGUCAUUAGUCCAUAUGCACCCCAGACUGCCCGCGCGAGAGCUUUUAGCAAUGUAUCAAAUGGAAGUGCAGGUUCAUUCGGUAGUUCGAAUGGCGCUGGUCACAUCCCCUUGGCGUCGCAGUUCAAUAAACAAGGCAUGAACAAGGUUUUGGGCGGCGACCAGUAUCCCCGUCCGGAAGCGCAAGCACCUCUGGUCCCUGCUCUGAAAACGAUUGGGCUCCCAACUACUGGAACUCAGGCCCUAUCACCCAAUGCUCAAAAGAGAAGUCACGCCCGUUCUAACUCCAGCGUUUAUGCACCAGCCUAUUCUUCCAAGUAUGCGCCCACCGUUCAGCCCCAAUUUCACCUGCCUUCACAAGAUAAUGCUGAUUUAGGCUAUGCCAUGAAUCCAAAUCAAGGACGUUCGAUUGGGGCCAAUGCAGCACUACAAAGAGCCGAUCUUCCAUCCGCCAUUCACAAACCGACCCGUUCCCCACCGGUAGAUCCGAAUAUUGCGUUUCAUCGACAGUUUCCUUUAUUCAGUUGGGGAAGCUCAUCCAAAGUUGUCUAUGCUCUGCCCGGAACUAGCGCUGCCAAUGGUUUUUUCACAGCAGCCGAGUCAGGCCUCAACAUCCAGAUUUCCAACUAUGAGACGAUAGUCAAAGCAGAUGGCGUUUUCAAGAGCUUCCCCGGUCCAUUGCUCAAAAACCGGACGAAAGUCAAGGAUGUGCAGAAGUGGAUUUCAGAUACUUGUUCAACCUACAGUAGGGAUGAGCCUUUGAAAGAUUUGGUCUUGUACAGAAUCUUGAAUGCAAAAAUUUCGCAGGAGAGUACGGUGGUGGACGUUGCCAAGGCUUUGUACGACUCGGAUGACUUAUUGCCGUUCCUAUCACAGGCACCAUUGAAGAGGAAACCUACCCUCAAUGCUUCUAGAGUAAGCGGAAAUGAGCAACUGAAGGUUUUGGCAGCUCUUCAGACAGGCAAUCAUGACCAUGCAUUAGAGUUAGCGCUCGCCGAAAGUGAUUAUGCACUAGCACUAAUGAUAGGAAGUCUUGUUGGCAAGGACAAAUGGGCAGAAGUCGUUGAGAUCUACCUUGAAGAAGCUUUUUCAACUACGGGCAACGAUAUGACUGAUUUUUCCUCUAGUUUACUAACCUUGCUUUUCCGGGUAUCAGUUGGCAACAGCAAACGGAUCUUUGAGGAAUUGGCGGCAGACCGUUUUAAAGCAAACUGGGCUAUAACUAAUUGGAAUAUGAUUGUCGCGGCGGUCCUCAGUAAUACGAGUCAUCAAUCGGUGAAGCAUCUUCCAGAUAUUUCCCAGUUGCCUCCUGCCACAACAGAGUUCUUGAUUGAGUUCGGUCUAUUCCUACGUCAAGAAGGAUCUCACUUAGGCAGUAUGGCAUGUUUUGUGGCCGCAGAUCUCCCAUUUCUGGACCGCGAACUAGUUCCGGGCUCGGACUUCAAGUUUUGCUCUUUAGGCGCUGAAAAAUCGUGGGAAGGGUUGCUUUUGAGCGAAGUUUAUGAAUACUACCUUACUGUCAGAGACGCCAAGUACCCCGGAUCGGGCUAUUCUCUCCUCGAGAAACUCUCACACGCUUUGGCUCUCAUUGAAUGUGGCAUGGCUGCUGAGGCCUCUAAAUAUGUCGAUGCCGUCACUCAGAGUAUGAAGGCCUUACGGAAGAACAGUACGCUUGCAUGUGCUGUAGAGAUAAGAUUGAAUUUCGUGUCUUCAAGGCUUAUUGGAACAAACGCAGGCUGGUUGGGAAAGCCAAAGUUGAGUCAAGUUUGGGGUCAGUUGGACAAGUCUUUCAACAAAUUCAUUGGUGGUGAUACCGAAGAGCAAUCAAAUGAGGAUUCAAACAAAAUAUUUGAGAACUUCACACCGAGCAACUCUAGAAACGCGUCGUUACUAGACCUAAGCAAGGAGCCAUUACCGUACAACCCUGUCGAGUCUCUCAAUUCCACAAUAACUCCAGCUUUCACUCCGCUGCAAAGACCCCACAUGCACACCAAUGUCUCAUCUGGUGGUUUGUUGAAGGGACGCAAGAGCUCUUCCGUGGCAGAAUCCAAAUACGAUCCUUCUCAUAGCCAAUGGUCUACCACUCCCAACCAAAAGAUGUUGAGCGAAACCUCAACAUCUGCCUUUGAGUCUCCUAUUCAGCCCUUCUAUCACAAGUCACCUGCAAGGUCAAAAGACCAGCUAAUGGGUGCGGCAACACCGCCCCCAUUGUUUUCUUCCACGUCUUCUAAAAAAUACGUUGCUAGAAGGGCGAACCCGGUUGGUGGGGGUGCUGUGGAUGGGGGUGCUGUUGAUGAUGUAGUGACGAGGGUCGAAGCUGAUAAUGGCCCGCAGUCGCACGGCCAACAUAAGCUUAAAAGAGCUUACAGGAGUGAGCGUCCAGUGGACGCUGCUUUACUUGCUGACCUGCAAGCCCCUCCUCCACCAAUAUCCGGAGGCAUCAGUAGCUACAGCAGCAGGCGGAGUUCUGUCCAGUCCAGAAGCAGCCUUCUGUCAAAGUCAUCUGAUGUGCCGCCUUCAAAACAGGCGCCAAUGCUCGCUGCGUCCACAGCCCCAAGUCAUAACAUUGAUGUCGAAAACUCUGGUACAUUGCCAUCAGCUGUUUACGAUCGGGCGUCUUUUGUUGAGCCAUCACAAGAUGGUCAUUUUGGAGCUGAUCAUGGAGAUGGAGACGAUUUGGUGAGUCAAUCCGGAGAAACGCUAAAACCUGAAGACAGAAAAAGGUAUACAGAGAAUCGCAUAGAUGAUCAUCCUGAUGACGGUCACUUGUCAUUUGAAGCUCUCAAAAGUGAGGGAGGCGCACUGUUCGAGACCGAAAAAGACAGCUUGAAGGUAAAAGACCUAGAUGUUGAGGAGCCUAAGGCACAAAUUACUGCAAGACCCGAUGAUGAGCAUAAUAAGCGUUUCGAAAUGGUCGAAAAUUUCAAAGAGAAAUCCUCAUCAAGAGCAGACAGCAUGAAGUAUGUCACAGACCAAGAAACUUCUCAUGCCGCACCUCAAGCUUCGGGCAAGUUGGAAGCAAGUCUCAGUCGAGCAAAAAGCGCGUACGCUCCAGCUAAAGAAGGUAAUAGCAGAGCAAUUUACAAUCGCUACUCACCCUCCACUUCGCAACUUCCGGUGCAAGUUGAUGGAAAUUCUGACGCUGCAAACGGUUUGGGUGAAGGGGUUCCCGACGAGCAGAUCGAUAUGUUUUCAUAUGGAGGCUACAAUGUAGCAAGUGCAGUAUCGACUAAUACUCAAGACGAGCAGAAAGCCCACACAGAUGUUACUGUGACAAAUGAGUCUCCAGGAAUAGAGGGCGCACAACCUGAAGACAUCAAUCGGUCAAGAGUUACAGAACCAGCGGAAAUAGAAACAAAUGCAGGACCUCGAGUUCGGUUGGAGCCGCCCCUAAACAAAAAACUAAACUUGAUGGCCGAUGACGGAGAUGAAUUAUUCACAAGUAACAGUGCUCCUGUUAUUAGACCUUCGUCAAACCCUAGUUUCAAACCAUUCACUCCCGCUUCGACUCCGGGAGCUGAAGAGUAUUAUGAGGACAUUAUAGAAAACGAAUCUGAUGACGAGGAUGAGAAUGAAAACGAAAAGCUGCGGUUGGAGGCUGAAAAGAAAGAAGCUGAAGCUAAAGAGCGGGAAGCAAAGGAGAAAGCUAAAAAAAAGAGGUCAGAGACAAAAACUGACAAGGAUGGUGCUUCUUGGUUCGGUUGGCUGCGUAAAGAUGCAAAUGAGAAAAAACCUGUGAAGGCAAAGUUGGGACAUCAAAACACCUUUUAUUAUGAUGAUAAGCUUCAGAGAUGGGUUAACAAGAAUGCAACUGAGGAAGAAAAACAGCAGAUAUCUGCUCCUCCUCCACCUCCUCCUAUCAUCAAAAAGAAAGAAGAGGGUUCUCCGAAAGUGAAGCCUCGCUCAGGCUCGGUUGCCGGUGGAGCUGCUGCUCGGACUGCUGCCCUAGUACCACCGACAAACCCUUUCAAAGAAUCUGCGGCAUCAUCCACUGAGAAUCCAGGCGCUUCUAGGAGCGCAUCACCAUCCAUGAGCCCAACCGUAAGUCUUUCUGGAAAGAAAGCUAACAACAUUGAUGAUUUGAUGUCGUUGGCGGGCACCGCAGGUAACCAAGGUGGAACCCGGAGAAAAAAGAAGGCAGGCAGAGGCUACGUCAAUGUAAUGAACAAUAUGUAA